UGCAAUGUCUGCGCCCGUGUUUUCGUCGCGUAUGGCAGCUGUGAACACGUGUUGAACUGCGGUUUCUCCGCGAAUGUACGCGAACGUUACCUGAUCCGGUCUUUCUAGAACAUCGAGCGCGAAAAACAGCCACAAUGCCGAAGGUGAAAACCGAGCGUACGCGCCAGCACGAGGUGGUGCAGCGUCAGAACAUCGCUUUCCGCACCGAGCUCGGUCAACACAUCCUCAAGAACCCGUUGGUCAUCAACGGCAUGAUCGAGAAGUCGGCCAUCCGUCCCACCGACGUCGUCCUCGAAGUGGGUCCCGGCACCGGAAACAUGACCGUCAAGCUGCUCGAGAAGGCCAAGAAGGUGAUCGCCUGCGAAGUCGACGCUCGCCUGGUCGCCGAACUGCAGAAGCGCGUACAGGGAACGCACCUGCACAGUAAACUGCACAUCAUCGUGGGCGACGUGCUCAAAUCGGAGCUUCCUUUCUUCGACAUCUGCGUCGCCAAUCUGCCCUAUCAGAUAUCCUCGCCGUUCGUCUUCAAGUUGCUGCUGCACCGACCCUUCUUUAGGUGUGCUACCCUGAUGUUCCAGCGAGAGUUUGCCCAGCGGCUCGUGGCCAAGCCAGGCGACAAACUGUACUGCCGGCUGUCGGUCAACACGCAACUUUUGGCCCGGGUUGACAUUCUCAUGAAGGUGGGCAAGAACAACUUCCGGCCGCCACCCAAGGUCGAGUCGAGCGUCGUGCGACUCGAGCCGCGAAAUCCUCCGCCGGCCAUCAACUUCAUCGAGUGGGACGGUCUACUCCGCAUCUGUUUCGUGCGGAAGAACAAAACCCUCAGCGCAGCAUUCAAGCAGACUUCUGUCAUGGCCAUGCUUGAAAAGAACUACAGGGUCCACUGCUCGGUGGCUAACGAAGAACUACCGGAAGAAUUCGACAUGAAAGAAAAAGUGGACAAUAUUUUGUCACAGGGUGGGUACUCUGACAAGCGGGCCCGCAUUAUGGACACCGACGACUUCAUGGCACUUCUCCACUUGUUCAACACCAAUGGCAUUCAUUUCUCCUGAGGCUGGGUCAAGAAAAAUUGUGCCAUAUAACGAACUUGGCCAGAUUACAGUUACAGUUAUGAUAGCUUAUUGCAAUGUGCAUGGGAAACAACAACAAACACUGAAUUCCAUUUGUCUAUUCUUAUGUUUCUGUGUCGGCCUUUUUGCUGAUGCGAGCUGCCAUGAACUAUUGUGACUAAGCACCUUGCUCACUAAUAGUAACGCCAGUGGAAGUGACUGCAUCCUAAGGUGGGCUCGAUCUAAGCCGCAAGCCGCGUCAAUGCACUGCAAGUGUUGCGACUAAUUUAUCCUGUGAACAACCACCUCACCUUUACAGGCUUGGGUUUUGGCUGUGAUGGCAGCAGUUAGGCUCAAAUUCAGUGCAGAAUGUUGAUGGCAGUAGUUGAAACAAACCAUUGUUUAUAUUACAAUUAUUUAAUUAUAGCCUGUAAGAAAACUCCCCAUUAUUUGUUCCGUUAAAUAAAAUGCAACUUCGAUGUGCUUCUAUAAAAAUAA